AUGUCAAGAAUUCAACAAGUCAAUAAAUCAAUUUUAAUUAGAUCAUUCUGUACAGGAGCACCAAGUAAAUCAAAUUUUUCACCAGUUGGUAACUUUUUAAGAAUUGGUGAUGUAGUUCCAGAUUUUUCACAAGACUCAAGUGUUGGCCAAAUUAACCUUUAUAAAACAUUAGGUGAUAGCUGGGGUUUAUUUGUUUCCCAUCCAAAAGAUUUUACACCAAUUUGUACCACUGAACUCGGUAGAUUAGCAAAAUUAAAACCAGAAUUUGAAAAAAGAAAUUGUAAAAUUCUUGCACUUUCAGUUGAUUCAGUAAAAGAUCACUUGGAAUGGAUGAAAGAUAUUGAAGAAACUCAAAAAGUUAAAAUUAACUAUCCAAUUAUUGCUGAUCAAGAUAGAAAAGUUGCUGAUUUGUAUGGUAUGAUUCAUCCAAAUGCCGAUAACACUUUUACAGUUCGUUCAGUUUUCUUUAUUUCACCAGAUAAACGUUUAAGAGCUCAAAUAACUCUUCCAGCUUCAACUGGUCGUAAUUUUAAUGAAAUUAUAAGAAUUUUAGAUUCAUUCCAAUUGACUGACAAAUACAAAGUUGCAACACCAGCUGAUUGGGUUGAUGGUGAUGAUUGUAUAAUUGUCCCAACUGUCUUUGAUGAAGAUGCCAAAAAAUUAUUCCCAAAGGGUUUCCCAAAGAUAAAGAGCUAUUUACGUGUUACUCCACAACCAAAUAAAUAA